AUGGCUAGAAACAAAGUGAACUAUGCAUUGAUUGAAGAUGCUAGUAAAAGAAAAGUGUCAUAUAAUAAAAGACUGAAAGGGCUCUUGAAAAAAUUUGAUGAACUGAAUACACUUUGUGAUGUUGAAGUGGCUACAAUCAUAUACGGCCCUUACAGAAAUGAAUCAUAUACAUUUCCAAAUAAUGAUGUUGUACGCAACACUUUUAUAACGUUUAAGGAGUUGCCGACAUUGGAGAGAUCUAAAUGCAUGGUGACAAGAGAAGAGUUCACCAUGCAAAGGAUCAAGAAGUUGGAGGAACAACUUCAAAAGGUACAUGAUCAAAUGAUAAAAGAGGAUGAUGGAGAGGGUUCUACAUCGAAUGUCCCUCAACCCAUUGUUGAACCAAUGGUACCCAGUAGGAACAACUCUGAAGAACCAAGGGAUCCUUCUCCUCUAUUGUUUUCACAAAUAUUUCCUCCAAUGGUUCCACAAUUGUUUUCUCCAAUGCCUCAACACAUGGCUGUUGGAAGACCACUUGGACUGACCCCUCCAAUGCCAUCAACAAUAAUGGAUUCUCUGAUUCCUUCACCAAUGAUGGAUUCUUUGAUGCCUGCACCGAUGAUUGAUUCUCCGAUGCCUUCAUUAAUAAUGGCUCCUCCAAUGUAUUCUCCUGUGUCUCCUACAAUGACACAUCAAAUGGAACCUACAAUGGAUAUCCCUUGA